UUUUAUGGAUUAAAUUACACAUUUGCCCUUUAUACAAAAACGGCAUUUCACUAUUAUUAGAACCGGAGCUUUGAACUCCCUCAUAAGAUACCCGGAGCUUUGAACCGUGCAUCGGAGCCGGCGAGACGUAACAAUUGUCCAUCAAUAAGGACGAGAAUCAAGGAAAACGAGAUCCAGAGUACUCUGCCAAUCCGCCCCGCUCCUUCAAGCUAUCUCCGUUCUUCAGCCGCCGCCAUAGAUGGCCUUUCACCACGAGUUAGUAGCCCAAGAUUCUCGGGUCCAAUGACACGCAGCGCUCACUCAUUCAAACGCAAUAACCACGCAAAUAUCAAUUCCCAAGCCACCCAAAAUAGUAGCAGUAACAACACUAACGGUUCUUUAGGCGACCAUGAGAUUAAUGUUCCGCUUUACUCACCCAGAUCUGAAACUCAUAGUCGUGGAAAUUCAGUUGAUGGGUUGGAGGCUAUAUUUGAACAUAAAAGGACCUGUUUGGGGAGAUUGACUCAGAGAGUUCAUUUGAAGAGAAAAAUCGAAUCUUUGAAUGUGGAGUUUGGGCUGGGAUUGGACUUGAAGGAGAGGAAAGAUUUAGGGCAAUGGAUGUUUUUCGCGUUCUGCGGGAUUUGCUUGUUUUGGGGGAUUCUUAAGUUUUGUGCUAAUGGAUGGUUUAGAUCCGGUGAAAUAGAAAAUUAUCUUCAUGAACACCAAAUUAAGGGUACGAAAAUUCUCCAAAUUCAAAAUUCUUCAUAAGAGAAAUUGAUUCAAUUAUAGGCGCAUGAUUGAAAGAGAGGUG